AUGUCCGAGGAACAGAAGAACGUCGAGGUCCCCAAGGUUGAGGAGGCUGCUCCCGCCGUUGAGACCCCCAAGGAGGAGACCGCCGCCGCCGCCACUGAGGAGAAGCCCGCUGAGGAGGCCCAGAACGCCGAGGAGACUGUCAAGGAGGAGGACAAGCCCGCUGAGGAGGCUGCCAAGGAGGAGAAGGAGGAGGAGACCAAGCCCAUCGAGGAGGGUUACCUCGGCCACAAGGCCCAAGGUCUUAGCUUCCCCAAGAACCUGAUCCCCAGCAAGGAGUUCUUCUUCUUCGGCACUGAGGCCUACGAGGCCAAGGCUCUCUCCGCCUACCAUGAGAAGUCCAGCGCCAGCGCUACCCAGAAGGCCAACGUCGCCUGGGCUACCGAGACUGGCAAGGGUCUCCUGUUCGCCGGUGACAAGAAGGCCCCCACCGGCAUCAUUGCUCUCGCCGACGCCACUGAGCCCGAGACUGAGGGUGCCCUUAAGUUCACCCUGACCUCCAAGGGUAACAAGCACUCGUUCAAGGCCGCCAAUGUCGCUGAGCGUGACAACUGGGUUGCUCAGAUCAAGGCCAAGAUCGCCGAGGCCAAGGAGCUCUCCGCCACCGUCACCGAGUCCGAGAACUACAAGAAGACUCUCGAGAGCUUCAAGCCCGCUGUCGCUGCCAAGAAGGAGGAGAAGCCCGCUGAGGAGGCCAAGCCUGCCGAGGAGGGUGCCGCCGCCGCCCCUGCCACUGAGGAGGCCGCUGCCCCUGCUGCCGAGGAGGCUAAGCCUGCCGAGGAGGCUGACAAGCCCGCCGAGGAGACUCCCAAGGUCGAGGAGGCCCCCAAGGAGACCAAGAAGGCCAAGCGUGCCUCCAUCUUCGGCUUCAUCAACAAGAAGGACUCCAAGGCCCCCGAGUCUCCCAAGACUGAGGAGACCCCUAAGGAGGAGGCCCCCAAGGAGGAGACCGCCGCUCCCACCGAAGAGGCCGCUAAGCCCGCUGACGAGGGUGAGGCCAAGCCUGCUGAGGAGGCGGCCGCGCCCGCCGCCGCCGAGGAGGCCAAGACCCCCGAAGCCAAGACCCCUGAGGCCAAGCCUAACAAGCGCAACAGCUUCUUCGGCAACAUCCUCUCCAAGAAGGAGAAGAAGGCCGCCGAGUCCUCCAAGGAGGAGCCUCCCAAGGAGGAGGCCGAGGCUGACAAGCCGGCCGAGGAGGCUGCCGCCGCCACCCCCGCCGCCGAGGAGGCCAAGACUUCCGAGGAGGCCAAGCCCGCUGAGGAGACCCCCAAGGAGGAGGCUGCUGCCCCCGCCGAGGAGACGACCGAGGCCAAGAAGGAGAAGCGCAAGUCUUCUCUCCCCUUCGGUUUCGGAGGCAAGCGUGAGAAGUCGCCCGCCCCCGCUGAGGGUGAGAAGAAGGAGAACGCUUUCUCCAAGAUCCGCGCCACCAUCAAGGCCAAGUCCUCCCCCAAGUCCACCACCGCCACUGAGGAGGCCAAGCCCGCCGAGGAGGCCACCAAGGAUGAGACCGAGGCUCCCAAGGAGGAGGCCGCUACCGACGAGGCCAAACCCGUCGAGGAGGCCGCCAAGACCGAGGAGCCGGAGUCCAAGCCCGAGAAUGUGGCCGCCACCACCCCCGCCGUCACUGCUGCCGCUUAG